GAAAACAAACCAAAAAAAAAAAAACACAACACAAAAUUCGAAAUUCGAAAUUUUGCCAAAAGGAUGUCACGCAGAGCUGUGGGCGGAGGAUCGGGGGCUGGCGAGCCCAUCGAGAAUGUCGAAGCUGUUGGGCCUAUCAGAAGUGGGGAUUCUUCAGGAACUUCCGCAAGCUCUGGAGCAGAUGGCAGUGUCGAGAUGUGGAACCCAGAGAAGGCCGUACAAUUCUGCAGGGAACUGCAGGAGAACGAGGUGCAGACGUUGCACUAUCUGGGCUUGCCGUAUGUGGUGCUGGCCCGCCGUCCCCGACUGCGCGUCAAGGUGCCUCUGUCGACCAUCAACUACGAGGUGGGCAAGUGGGCGGGCAUUGCCAUGCAGCUGCUGUUCACCUGCCCGUACAGCUACCCGAUGCAGCGGCCCCUCGUCGAGAUUGUGGAUAAGCGCAACGUGUCCACCUCGCUGGAGUGGGCGCUGCACGAGGAGAUUGUCCACAGCCUGGAUCAGCAUAUCGGACUGCAGAUGAUAGCACCGGUCACCAUACGCCUCCAGACGCUGCUCAACAGUCAGCGCCUGCGACUGCCAGCAAUGAUGCCCUAAAUGCCCCAAGCCGAACGAUCCCAAAAGCCAAUGGGAAGUCCCUUUGUCCGCGCGCAACGAGGCCAUGCAAAGUGAACAUUAUUUAUACGAGUAUAUGAACAAAUAUAUCCACAAA